CGUCUGCCUCUCCGGAGCUCCAGGAAAGUUGCGGUGCCUCCAGUCGGCAGCUGUGGCGGCGGCGGCGGCAACAUGGACGACCUGGACGCAUUGCUAGCAGACCUGGAAUCGACUACCUCCCACAUCUCCAAGCGGCCAGUCUUUCUGUCGGAGGAAACAUCCUAUUCCUACCCAACUGGAAAUCACACAUACCAAGAAAUCGUUUUACCUCCCCCGGUGCCACCACCUCCUUCUAGUGAAGCCUUGAAUGGGACCGUGACUGAGCCUUUAGACCAGUGGCAACCCAGCAUCUCCAGAAAUAUCCACCAGCAGCCACAGUCCCAGUCUCCUGUGUACAGCUCCAGUGCCUCUGUUUCCAGAGAGUGUGUCAUCUCUCCUACACGAGCUAGUGAAGAGGAGCACGUCUACAGUUUCCCUAAAAAGCAGAGGUCUGCUGAACCCUCUCCCACCCUGAUGAGCUCCUCACUGGGCAAUAACCUAUCAGAACUGGACCGACUGCUACUGGAACUGAAUGCUGUUCAGCACAAUCCUCCUAGCGGCUAUUCGGCAGAUGAAACCACUAGGACCCCCUCGUUGCCCAGUGGGACUGGCUCUCACUAUGGCAUCCCGGAGAACACUACCUCUUUGAACACAAAGCCAGCAGCCCCUGUGAAAGAGAAACCCAAGCGGAAUGGAGGUCAUGACAUCGAGGACGUGUGUCCUAGUGUGGAGAGCCUUUUGGAUGAACUGGAGAGCUCGGUGCCUAGUCCAGUUCCAGCCAUCACUGUGAAUCAAGGUGAGAUGAGCAGCCCCCAGCGGGUCACCUCUAGCCAGCAGCAGACUCGCAUUUCUGCCUCUUCGGCGACGAGGGAACUGGACGAGCUGAUGGCUUCACUGUCUGACUUCAAGUUCAUGUCCCAAGGGAAAGGUGGGAACAGCUACCCGUCCUCAACGCCUCCGAAGCCAGGCAGCCAGUUGGACAGCAUGCUCGGAAGCCUCCAGUCUGACUUGAACAAACUCGGGGUAGCCACAGUCGCCAAAGGUGUCUGCGGAGCGUGCAAGAAGCCAAUCGCUGGGCAGGUUGUUACAGCGAUGGGGAAGACGUGGCACCCCGAACACUUUGUCUGUACCCAUUGCCAGGAGGAGAUCGGGUCGCGGAACUUCUUUGAGCGCGACAGCCAGCCCUACUGCGAGAAGGACUAUCAUAACCUCUUCUCUCCGCGCUGCUACUACUGCAACGGCCCCAUCUUGGAUAAAGUGGUGACUGCGCUGGAUCGGACAUGGCACCCGGAACACUUCUUCUGUGCACAGUGUGGAGCAUUCUUUGGCCCUGAAGGCUUUCAUGAGAAGGAUGGUAAGGCCUACUGUCGCAAGGAUUACUUCGACAUGUUUGCCCCAAAGUGUGGCGGUUGUGCUCGGGCUAUCCUGGAAAAUUACAUCUCUGCCUUGAAUACCCUUUGGCACCCGGAGUGUUUUGUCUGCCGGGAAUGUUUCACUCCCUUCGUCAACGGCAGCUUCUUUGAACACGACGGGCAGCCUUACUGCGAGGUGCAUUACCACGAGCGCCGUGGCUCACUGUGCUCCGGCUGCCAGAAGCCCAUCACAGGGCGUUGCAUCACUGCGAUGGCCAAGAAAUUCCACCCGGAACACUUCGUCUGUGCCUUCUGCCUCAAGCAGCUCAACAAAGGAACCUUCAAGGAGCAGAACGACAAGCCCUACUGUCAGAACUGCUUCCUGAAACUCUUCUGUUGAGGGCCGAAGUCGGCGUUGCUUUGCUGUCCUGCCAGGAAGGACCCAGCUCUUUGGACGUGGCCACGAUUCAGCCACCAGUGGCCUUGGUGGGCUGAAAGAGGAGAAGAGGAAAAGGGUGUGUGGUGUGUGUGUGUGUGAGUGUGUGUAUGUGAAAGGUGGGAUGAAAUUGGACUGGGAUGCUUACCUACUGCUCUGGAAAGAGGAGGAAUCCAGGGGAGAGAUGCACAAUACUCUAUUCAGUUCAAAGCUGUAUUUUUAGCAUGGGAAUGCCGAGGGCUACUGGUGACGCCGCAGAUUGACAGCUGAGCCAAGCCAAGGGGAUUCAUGUGGGAGGGUUUUGAAAGAUAAGCCUGGCGCUGGUUGCAUUGUGUGUUCCUGAUAGUGAGGAUUCAGACAACCGCACAAAGUGGAUUCAGCUUGGAGACAGGAGGUGUGAAUUCUUCUCUCCCAAGAAUGCAUGGGAGAAUUGGGCGAGCUGAGAUCCCACUUUCCAGUGAUGUCCUAUGAGGGGUGUAUUUGUAGGUGCUGAUCUGUGCAGGGUUCUCUGUGAUGGUUUCAAUGGAGGAGGCAUGCAUUAGACCCUCUUUCCAGCAGUGUUCCCUCUGAUCCCCCCCCCCCUACUGAGUGGAGCAGUUCACAUCCUG